CCAAUUACAGCAGCCUUUUACCAUGUGAUCAGCUGUGUCCAUCAGGGCUGUCAGUCAGUGCCUUCAGUCAGAGCCACCCAUCAGUGUCACCCAUCAGUGCCACCUACCAAUGCCCAUCAGUGCAGCAUCAUCAGCGCCUCCUCAUCAAUGCCCACCUGUGACACCUCAUCAGUGUCACCUCAUCAGUGCAGCCUAUCAGUGCUCAUCAGUGUUGCCUAUCCAUGCCACCUCAUCAGUGCCCAUAAGUGCUGCCUAUCAGUGCCGCCU